AUCGAUGGACUGGAGGAGAAGCUGGCACGCUGCAGGCAGAGCGUGGAGGAGAUGGACCUUAAACUGCGCAAGGAGAAGCUCAGCCCCGAAGGAAGAAAGUCACUGGAGAGAGAGAGGAACUUACUAAUGACCAAAGCUGACAACUAUGAGAAAGAACUGAGCCUUCUCCGUAAGGAAAAUCGGAAGAAUGCUGCCCUAGCUGUGGCCAUAGGGUUGCUGAUUGCUGUUAUUUACACCUGCUGGACAAUGUGAUUGCACUCAAGAAUUCACCCUGCUGACCAAAUGACUCUCCUGCCAGCUCUUCCUCCUCACCACUGUGCCACCCCCGAGGGUGAGGAUCAGCAUUUCAAAUUGCUGUGCUUGUUUAUCCUCUCCAAGCCUCCCUCGUAGGGAAGCUUUUGCUCCGAGGAUUGAGGGGACAGAGA